AUGUUUUUCCUCUACAACAUGGAGCGCAGGGUCACCCUGCAUCCCUCCUACUUCGGCCGGAACAUGCAUGAGCUGGUGACGAGCAAGCUGUUGAAGGACGUGGAGGGCACCUGCGCGGGAAGCUACUACAUCAUUUCCAUCAUGGAUACCUUCGACAUCUCCGAAGGUCGCAUUCUUCCUGGCAGCGGUCUGGCCGAGUUCACCGUCGGCUACCGAGCCGUCGUGUGGCGGCCCUUCAAGGGCGAGACGGUUGAUGCUGUGGUCUACUCAGUCAACCACCAGGGCUUUUUUGCUCAGGCGGGACCUCUGCGGUUAUUCGUGUCGGCACAUCUGAUCCCGUCCGAGAUCAAGUGGGAUCCUAAUGCGACGCCACCGCAGUUCACCAACAACGAGGAUACUAUCAUCGAGCCGGGAACACAUGUGCGCGUCAAGGUGAUCGGCACACGUACAGAAGUCGGCGAGAUGUGGGCGAUUGGGAGCAUCAAGGAAGACUAUCUCGGCUGUGGCCAGGUCUCACUUACAAAUGUUUCCCUGCGAAGCUGCCUUCAGGAUUAA